CUGAGAGAGGCAUUUGAGUGUGAGUGAGCAGCGGAGGAGAGUCGAGGCAGAGAAGUCACAUCUCCAGGAGAGCUGGACGAUCCACCGGGCCAAUGGAGACAGGUGUGUCUGAUGUGACGCCAGCGGGCUGGCUCAGGGAGAAGAGCUUCAGUACAAUGUAGACACCUACAAAGAGAAAGGAAAUAAGACGAGUAAGGACAGCGAGACGACACGAGGAGGGCGAGCUCAGGGGAGGAGGAAGAUCAACAGCCGUGGCGAAAAAGGACACCAGCGGAAGAUAAGACGUCAGAAGAGCAGUGUCAAUCAUUGACGUGAUCCGUCUGUGUGCGGCAGUGUCGUCUGGAUCCCACGUCCCCGGACGGCGUCUCGUAGAGGACAGAGAACUCCGGGCCAGCGUCAGCAUGUGCCAUGUGAUUGUCACCUGCCGCUCCAUGCUAUGGACUCUGCUGAGCAUCGUGGCGGCGUUUGGCGAGCUCAUCGCCUUCAUGAGCACUGACUGGCUGGUGGGAUUCCCCCGCACCCCCGACGCCGUCUUCGGCCCCCAUGGGGCCACCACCGCCGGGGAGGCCUACAGGCCCACUUUAGGCAUCUACGGCCGCUGUAUAAAACUGCCCCACCUGCACCGCGGGAUCCUGUGCGGGCCGUACGCCGUGCACUUUGGGGAGAUUGCCAGCGGGUUCUGGCAGGCCACUUCCAUCUUUUUGGCCACAGGGAUCCUGCUGCUGUGCGCCGUGGCGUUCAUCUCGGUCUUCACGAUGUGCUUCCAGAGCAUCAUGAAGAAGAGCAUCUUCAACGUGUGCGGAUUGCUGCAAGGGAUCGCAGGUCUGUUUCUGAUCCUGGGUCUGAUGCUGUAUCCCGCUGGCUGGGGUUCAGACAAGGUGCAGCUGUACUGCGGCCCCGACGCGGCGCCGUACCGCGCCGGGCUCUGCUCCAUGGGCUGGGCCUUCUACACGGCCAUGGGCGGCACCGUGCUCACCUUCGUCUGCGCCGUCUUCUCUGCGCAGGCGGAGAUCGCCACCUCCAGCGACAAGGUCCAGGAGGAGAUCGAGGAGGGGAAGAGCCUGAUCUGCCUCCUCUGAGGCCUCAGAUACUGAAGAAGAAGAAGAAGAAGAAGAAGAAAAGAGGCCAGUAACCAUCAACGCUGCCUCUCGUGUCUUUUCCCACGAGGGCCCAGCUUGUGAAAUGGAGGCCCCAGAAUUUGUUUACCACUAAAACUGACUCUCAUUGUGUUUUUUUUUGUGUGUUUUUAACGUGGGAGAAAUCUUCAAGUGCCAAGUUUUUAUUUUUUUUUGUUUUUUUAAUUUCCUUAGUGUGUGUUUUUGUCUUUCUGCCACUAGAGGUGCUGUGUAUGUUAUUGUAUUCCUGUGUAGCCAUGUGGUCUCUGGCUCUGUCCGGUCACCACAUGUCCUGUAAAUAAGUGUGAUUAUAUAUAUAUUUUGUACAUAGUUAUGAUCACAGAAUGAUGGUUGAUGGCUGAUGAAGUCACUCUUGCCUUAGGAAAAGAAAAAGGAACCGCACACACACACACACACACACACACACGCUGGUGUCACUGUCGCCAGACCUCGACCUUGUCUGCCACGUGUGAGUAUUAAGCUCGACAAGGGAACCACUACACAGUCAGAAUAAACUACUCGGUCGUCAGCUCAGUGUGGACGUCCUUUUAGAAGCUUCCAGAAUGUACUGUCAUAGGGAGGAUGUGUGUGUUUGCAGAGACCCUUGAAAUGUAUCAGCCAAACACAGACUGCACAGUGAUGAUGAUGAUGAUGAUGAUUGUCCACGCGUUUCGUUUGCCCUUUUUUUUCUUUGAAAAGGAAAGUUGAAGCGAAGCGGGCGCGAUUCUCGUCCCCAAGCUGAGAGCGAUGACCUGUGAAGGGGUCGUCGUCGCGGUCGUCGCCGUGGUCGUCGUCGGGCAGAACUCCCGCAGUCGCUGCACAUGGACGCAUAGAUGAAGUAUUGCUGUCACGAGUCAACGUCUGGUUUCAGGGAGUCUGUGUGGAGUCGUAGAUGUAGUGUCCGAUCAUGUUCUCGUUUGUUUUCUGCCAAAUGAAUAAAGAGAAAACAUCCCA